GUUCUUUUUAUCCCUUUCAUUUUUCCUGCUCAAAUCAUUUUCUCUCCACUGUUCAUGGAUUCCAGAGCCACAACAACAAUUCGGGUUUCGUGAUUGGUGAGUUUUGGGAGAGAGGGAGCGAGAGAGGAACAGAACUGAAGGGCGAUUACGUGUUUCAUGGGCAAUACCUGCCGUGGAUCUUUCAAAGGGAAUAUAUUUCAGGGCUAUAGCCAGCCCGAGGACAGCUCAACACUCUAUUCUAAGCGCAAUAACAGCGGUUCUUCAGCCCGAUCGAAUUCUGAUAUUUCCCCUACCAGUAUAAACACUCACAAUUUGAUUGCACAAGAGUUUUCCAAAGAGAACAAGACGAAAUCCAAGGAUAACGAUUACAAUCAAGCCUUCUUAAGCCCCACCAAGAAAGACUUCACAAUGAGGAAAAGCGCUGAGAAUCAAGCAUAUUAUGUUUUGGGUCAUAAGACUGCAAACAUUCGAGAUCUCUAUACGCUCGGUCGGAAAUUAGGACAGGGACAGUUUGGAACUACUUAUUUAUGCACUGAGAUUACCACUGGCAUUGAGUAUGCUUGUAAGUCUAUCUCGAAGAGGAAGUUGAUUGCGAAGGAGGAUGUCGAGGACGUUCGACGGGAGAUUCAGAUCAUGCACCAUUUGGCAGGCCAUAAGAAUAUUGUAACCAUCAAGGGUGCUUAUGAAGAUUCUCUGUAUGUUCAUAUUGUAAUGGAGCUUUGUAGCGGCGGGGAGUUGUUCGACAGGAUCAUCCAUAGGGGACAUUACAGUGAGAGGAAAGCUGCUGAGUUAACCAGGAUUAUCGUCGGGGUUGUCGAGACUUGCCAUUCGCUUGGAGUUAUGCAUAGAGAUUUGAAGCCAGAGAAUUUCUUGUUGGUUAACAAGGAUGAUGACUUCUCUCUUAAAGCUAUUGAUUUUGGCCUCUCUGUUUUCUUCAAACCAGGUCAAAUCUUCACUGAUGUUGUUGGAAGCCCAUACUAUGUUGCUCCAGAGGUACUUCUUAAGCACUAUGGACCGGCAGCGGACGUGUGGACUGCAGGAGUUAUCUUGUAUAUAUUGCUGAGUGGUGUGCCACCAUUUUGGGCAGAAACUCAACAAGGAAUAUUUGAUGCUGUGCUGAAGGGACAUAUCGACUUCGACUCAGACCCUUGGCCCCUAAUAUCUGACAGUGCAAAGGAUAUUAUCAGAAAGAUGCUAUGUUCUCGACCAUCUGAUCGUUUGACUGCUCAUGAAGUAUUAUGCCAUCCUUGGAUUUGCGAAAAUGGGGUUGCUCCUGAUAGGGCUCUAGAUCCUGCCGUACUUUCUCGACUCAAACAAUUCUCUGCAAUGAAUAAGUUAAAGAAGAUGGCAUUACGAGUGAUUGCUGAAAGCCUCUCUGAAGAGGAGAUUGCUGGCCUUAGAGAAAUGUUUACAGCUAUGGACACUGAUAACAGUGGCGCAAUUACCUUUGAUGAACUCAAAGCUGGUUUGAGAAGAUAUGGUUCGACCUUGAAAGAUAUUGAAAUACGCGACCUUAUGGAUGCGGCUGAUAUUGACAAUAGUGGGACUAUUGACUAUGGAGAAUUUAUUGCUGCAACCAUUCAUCUCAACAAACUAGAGCGUGAAGAACACCUUGUUGCAGCAUUUCGAUACUUUGACAAAGAUGGAAGUGGUUACAUCACAGUUGAUGAGCUGCAGCAAGCUUGUGCAGAACAUAAUAUGACCGACGCAUACCUCGAGGACGUAAUCAGAGAAGUCGACCAAGAUAAUGAUGGAAGGAUCGAUUAUGGUGAGUUUGUUGCCAUGAUGCAGAAAGGCAAUGCAGGAGUUGGAAGACGAACUAUGAGAAACAGUUUGAAUUUGAGCAUGAGAGACGGACCCGGUGCUCUUUAGCCUCCGAACCACACGCUUCAGUAAAGGUUGUACAGCCAGUUGUCGAAUUGAGGAAUUGAUACUUUCCCGACACGAAUGAGCUCCUCUUCCUCCUAGCUUCAAGGAUCACGGCGAAGGAUUUCUGCUUGAGUAUUUCCCUAAUAUAUUUCCUUCUCAUUGCUGUAUAGCCAAAUGGUGAUGUGGUUAGAAAUAUGAACUCCCGAGUGUGAAUGUGCAAGAGAGAUGUUCGAGUUGCUAGGGUUCUUUUGCAUAACAUUUUCAUUUGGGGAUUAUUUAUCUGUUUGUAUAGAUACUCUAUCUUCUUCUACCUCUGCUUCAAAUUUCAUUACAAUAUUGUAACUUUUCUCCAUUGCUAA